CUGCUGCCUUCUCCAAUGCGGGCUCCGUGGCUCAGCAGGUUGCGAAAGCCCCAGGAGUACAUAAAGCCGUCCUUGUCUGGGCACUGCCACCACCAUCAACAUUUGGGCUCUCAAGAAGCUCCAGGAACCAGCACUGUCUGUAAGGGACCCUGCUGCUGUGGGCUGGGGACAACCAGGGACAGGAUGGCUCACACAGAGAGAGCUCUGCCCUGGCUGCUGCUGCUGUCACUGUCCUUGCUGGGCAGCAGCACUGCAGAGCGGGACUGCCGAGUAAGCAGCUUCAAAGUCAAGGAGAACUUCGACAAGACCAGGUACAGUGGCACCUGGUAUGCUAUGGCAAAAAAAGACCCUGAGGGGCUGUUUCUGCAGGACAAUGUGGUAGCCCAGUUCACCGUAGAUGAGAAUGGACAAAUGACUGCCACUGCAAAGGGCAGAGUCAGACUCUUCAAUAACUGGGAUGUCUGUGCUGACAUGAUCGGCUCUUUCACUGACACAGAGGAUCCUGCCAAGUUCAAGAUGAAGUACUGGGGUGUCGCCUCUUUUCUUCAGAAAGGAAAUGAUGAUCACUGGGUAGUGGACACAGAUUAUGAUACAUACGCUCUUCACUACUCCUGCCGCCAACUAAAUGCAGAUGGCACUUGUGCUGACAGCUACUCCUUUGUGUUCUCCCGGGACCCCAAGGGAUUGCCUCCAGAUGCACUGAAAAUUGUCAGACAAAGGCAGAUAGACCUCUGUUUGGACAGAAAAUACAGAGUUAUCGCUCACAAUGGAUUUUGCUCUUAAGGAGGUCCAACCCUGUGGCAAGAAACUACAUAACAGCACCACGGAUGUAAAGUUAACACAUUGAUCAUGUGUUCUCUGGAAAAUGCUUUAAAUGGCUUCAUUUAGAUUUUCAAUAUAUUUAUCUGAGCUGUGUAGCUCACCUUGUUAAUAAAUCAAUGAAACAUUUUAAUAAACUUGGAUUACAGUGGAUGCAAA